AUGACGCCAUUAUGCCUUAAAAAACAGUACCAUCUUGGUGACUUUUCAAGUACCAAGUUCAGCUGCCAACUCAAGGUUACCAUAGAACAAUCCACUGUGCUCUCAUCAUGCAAUGGCUUUUCUAGCCCAAAGUUCCAAAGUUCUUCCAUGGUCAAGUCUCUCACACCUUUACUCCCACAACAACCAUUAACUGCAAUAACUUCUCAGUUCAGAGCUGAGAAUGGGAAGACUGUCAUCAACAGGAAGCCCAUCACCAUCUUCCAGGAGCGAGAUCCCACUAACACCAAAUGGAGUGAUGCUGGUGCUAAGUAUGUUGUAGAGUCUACUGGUAUCUUCACCACCAUGGAGAAGGCAGGGACCUACUUGAAGGGUGAGGCCAAAAGGAUCAUCAUUUCUGUCCCUUCUGCCAAUGCCCCCAUGUUUGUGAUGGGUGUUAAACAUGAGAAAUAUGACAACUCACUCAGGAUUGUCAGCAAUGCAUCCUGCACCACCAACUGCUUAGCCCCACUGGCCAACAACUUUGGCAUCAUUGAAGAGCUCAUGACUAUGGUCCAUGCCAUCACUGCCACUGAGAAGACUGUGGAUGGUCCCUCUGGAAAGCUGUGACAUGGACAUGGGGCUGCCCAGAACAUCAUCCCUGCAUCCACUGGUGGUGUGAAGGCCGUGAACGGGAAGUUCACUGGCAUGGCCUUCUGUGUGCCUACCCACAAUGUAUCUGUCAUGGACUUGACAUGCCGCCUGGAGAAACCUGCCAAGUAUGAUGACAUCAAGAAGGUGGUAAAGCAGGAAUCUGAGGGCCCACUGAAGGGCAUCCUGGGCUACAUUGAGGACCGGGUUGUCUCUUGCAACUUCAACAGCAACUCCCACUCUUCCAUUGAUGCUGGUGCUGGCAUUGCUUUCAGUGACUUUGUAAAGCUCAUUUCCUGGUAUGACAAUGAAUAUGGCUACAGCAACAGGGCUGAGAAUGGGAGGACUGUCAUCAACAGUAAGCCUAUCACCAUCUUCCAGGAGCGAGAUCUUUCUAACAUCAAAUGGAGUGAUGCUGGUGCUGAGUAUGUUGUGGAGUCUACUGGCAUCUUCACCACCAUGGAGAAGGCAGGGACCUACUUGAAGGGUGAGGCCAAAGGGGCCAUCAUCUCCACCCCUUCUGCUGAUGCCCCCAUGUUUGUGAUAGGAGUGAACCAUGAGAAAUAUGACAACUCACUCAGGAUUGUCAGCAAUGCAUCCUGCAUCACCAACUGCUUAGCCCCCCUGGCCAAGGUCAUCCAUGACAACUUUGGCAUCAUGAAAGGGCUCAUGACUAUGGUCCAUGCCAUCACUGCCACACAGAAGACUGUGGAUGGUCCCUCUGGAAAGUUAUGGUGUGAUGGCCAUGGGGCUGCCCAGAACAUCAUCCCUGCAUCCACUGGUGGUGUGAAGGCCGUGAACAGGAAGUUCACUGGCAUGGCCUUCUGUGUGCCUACCCACAAUGUAUCUAUUGUGGAUCUGACAUGCCACCUAGAGAAAUCUGCCAAGUAUGAUGACAUCAAGAAGGUGGUAAAGCAGGAAUCUGAGGGCCAACUGAAGGGCAUCCUGGGCUACGUUGAGGUCCGGGUUGUCUCUUGCAACUUCAACAGCAACUCCCACUCUUACCUUGAUGCUGGUGCUGGCAUUGCUUCCAGUGACUUUGUAAAGCUCAUCUCCUGGUAUGACAAUGAAUAUGUGUCUUUGUCUAAAAGUACAUGUGGCCAAGAUGGCUGCGGAGGCCCCGCCUACUCACUACAGAGCGAGCAGGCUGGAAGUUUCCUUUGCCCCUUGCUGGCUGCUCUGACCCGGGACCAGAGCAGAAAAAGGUGGUCCCUGGCAGGCAGGCAUCAGGUUUCCUGGGAUCCCCCGGAGGAGUGGGAGGCACGGCCCCCCUGGCCAUCUGGCCAAGCCUUCAUGGCUGUGCCAGCCAGCGGGACUCAGAGGUCCUGGCUCUGCCAAGUGGGGUGCAUUGAGUACUGUAGAUUGGUAGUGGCUACUGUGGCUUACCAGCGUGGCUCCUGUGGAUUAGCAGCUGUGUGGGCAUCAGACUUUGGAAUCAGAACAGGACAGAGUCUGAGAGAAUAUGAUGCCUGGCAGUUGUCUAGGAGAUCUAAUGAGCCAGUGGUACAAGUUAGAUACAAACUAAUGCCUGUCCUGUGUACUAGCAUUGAGUACUGUAGAUUGGUAGUGGCUACUGUGGCUUACCAGCGUGGCUCCUGUGGAUUAGCAGCUGUGUGGGCAUCAGACUUUGGAAUCAGAACAGGACAGAGUCCGAGAGAAUAUGAUGCCUGGCAGUUGUCUAGGAGAUCUAAUGAGCCAGUGGUACGAGUUAGAUACACACUAAUGCCUGUCCUGUGUACUAGCAUUGAGUACUGUAGAUUGGUAGUGGCUACUGUGGCUUACCAGCGUGGCUCCUGUGGAUUAGCAGCUGUGUGGGCUUCAGACUUUGGAAUCAGAACAGGACAGAGUCCGAGAGUUUGGUCUGAUGCUGCUAUGUAUUCAAAUGGUAAAACUGGUCCCCAAGAUCUGGCUGCCCCAAAGGAGCAAAUCUUCACCUACACCAAAUGGUGUUAUGUAAACCGUGCGUCUCACUUCAAAACUAUCAGUUAA